CACCCUACACCACGUUCAGUGAAUACCUUACAAAAAUGUGGUGGUGAUUAUUUAUAUUUAGGGAUAGAAAGUGGAAUUUUAAAGGUAGUUUCAACCCAUCCAGAGCAAUUCAGUGAUGCAAAUGAGAUAUCUUUAACAUUUAAUGUUGAUGGAGUGCCUCUAUUUAAAAGCACAAAUGUGCAAAUGUGGCCAAUAUUGUGCAGUAUAAAGAAGUUUGAACCCUUUGUUGUUGCAUUAUUUUGUGGGAAUUCAAAACCCAGUUCUGUACAUGAUUAUUUGUCUGAUUUUUUGGUUGAGUUGAACAAUUUAGUUCAGAAUGGAAUAUCUGUUGGUGAUGCUGUUCUGACGGUGUCAGUUGGAUCAUUUAUAUGUGACGCACCGGCGAGGGCUUUCUUGAAAUGCACAAAAGGACAUAAUGCCUAUUAUGCAUGUGAAAGAUGUACUAUCAAAGGAAGAUGGAAUGGACGUGUUGUUUUUAGUCUAAAUGAUGAAAGAAUCACCCCCUUAAGAUCUGAAGCAAGUUUUAACAAUUUUGAAUACAAAGAUCAUCAAAUUGACAUUUCUCCACUGAUAAAUGCUGGAAUUGGAAUAUCAUGUAUUAAAUCAUUUCCACUUGACUACAUGCAUUUAGUUUGUUUAGGGGUAGUUAAGCGAAUGUUAUCGUUUUUGAAAUCUGGCCCUAGGCAAUGUAGACUAUCAGGUCAAUAGUUGGAUAUUCUUUCAGGCAAACUGUCUGCAUUGAAUGGAAAAAUGCCAGGGAGUUCGCAAGGCAACCACGUUCACUCUAUUAUCUUGAUAGGUGGAAGGCCACUGAGCUGCGGCAAUUUUUGCUUUACACUGGACCAUUGGUUCUACGUUCGGUUGUUUCCAACCAGGUUUAUAAUCAUUUUCUUACAUUAAGUGUUGCAGUGUCCAUUAUCCUAGAAUCUGACGAGGACUUUAGACACGAGCAUAUAUCAUAUGCAAGAGAACUUUUAAAAUAUUUUGUGAAAACAUCAGAAAUGGUUUAUGGGGACACAUUUGUUUCCUACAAUAUUCACUCUCUGAUUCACAUUGCUGAUGAUGUGGAACAUUAUGGAGUGUCUUUGAAUGAACUAAGUGCUUUUCAAUUUGAAAACCAUCUACAAAAGUUGAAAAAGAGUGUUAGAAAAGCUCAGAAUCCUAUUGCCCAGGUUACGAAACGAAUUGUUGAGAUGGAGAAAAUGAAUUGCAGACAGCUCCCCAAAAGAAUUCAUAUAAGUGUUUCAACCCAAAAAAACGACAGUUGCUUUCUUUUGAAAAAUAGAGAAAUUGUGUUUGUGAAGGAAAAAAGAGAUGAUAAAAAAUAUGUGUGUGAUGUUUUAAAAAGAUCAAACUUGGAGAGUUUCUAUGAUAGCCCAUGCAACUCCAAACUGUUAAACACUGUUGUUGUAUAAAAAAGGAACAUGCAUCUCAAAAGGAGGUUACUGGAACACACAAAUUUCGAAAAGAAAUUGAUUUGUUUACCAUGGGACAGAGGAUAUCUUCUCAUUCCAAUGCUGCAUGGGAUGGAACGAUGGUAAACAUACAUACAAUGUCAUGGAGUCGAGUAAUUUGGAAGGAAAAGGACAUAGAGGUGGAAGAAGUUAUUCCUUCCAGCUGGAUUGCAGGAAACAAAGUUCUUUGGCCACCCGUGUCAAAUGCUGGGGCAAAGAAAGCUAUACGACAACAAUGGACCCCUGAGCAAAAGUGGACCAGUUUUGAAUUGGUCAGAAUAAAAAUGUCUUCUGAUGAGAAAAAAGAUUGUGAUAUCGCAAACAUCACAACAUGUGACGAGUCUGAGGAGUCUUCAGGUGAUGAGGUUCCACUGGGGAAGAGGAUUCCCAAAAAGAAAUCUUUUGGAACAGAGUUUGCCACAGGAAGUACACUAGAAACAGAUAGUUCCAAAACCAGCUGUAAUAAUCCAGUCCUUCCUGCGCCACCACAACCUCCAAAGAGGUCGAGUUCUAAAACACAGAAAUCAAAUGGUACAUUGCAUUUAUCAUUCUUGAUCAUUACUUCCUCAUCGUGAUAUGUUUUCCAUUUAUAUUUUUUUUUAGAAAUAUUAUUUGCAAGUCAUUGGUAAAAUAUUUCUAGCAAGUUAUAUUAUUGUUUAUUUUAUGCUAGUCUGUAAAUCUUGAC